AUGGAUCGCGAUGACUGGGAAUCAUCUACUUCUUUUUCGUCGAAAACUGAGAAAUUCACUGAAUUAGAAGACAAUGAUAACAAAUCACGAUCAAUUAGUCUUAGUCGGUCUUAUCUUCGACAAUCACAAUCAAAAAAAUUACAAAAUUAUUUUCACUAUCGAUCUGCUGAAUAUCAACAAGUAAAUAAUCAUUCUUAUAAACAUUAUUCAUUCAGUGAAGAACAAACAAAUUAUCGAACUUCAAAUUCAAAUGAAGUAUUCAGACGACCUGGAAUAAAUAUGAAUAAUGGACAAGAUAAUUUUCAAGAAUAUUGUCGAUAUAGAAAUGUCGCACAAUAUACUCCGAGAACAGCGUCUAAUUUCCAUAAUAAUUUUCUCUUUCCAAGCUAUUUAAAAUUGACAAAUCAAUAUGCCAAUGAAUAUUCAAGAUAUAAAGAUUCUCGAUUUCCACGUAGAAAAUUACCAAAUGAAUGA